GGUCCACCAUGGUGGGAGUAACAUAUUUUUCAAAUCCGUACUGAUCCAAGUUUCCGCUACUCUUGCAUCGAGGUGUAUGCUGCACGCAUCGUGCGAGGUGACAUAAAAUAGGUGGUGAAGAUAGGCAGAAUUUAGACGAUUUCUAAACAAUUGGUGAGGUGCGAUUCGGGCUUCUCGCGCUGAUAAACUUCGGAGAUGAAUAUUCUUUCAUCGAGAUAGUCGCGAUAUUAUCUCGGAAACGUACGAUUAUCGGCAAUUGUCGCGCAUUCUUCGGCGUUUUAUUGAUGACUAAGGGAGUCAGGAAGAGAAGAAUUUCGACAUCCGCAAGGUCAUCCCGCGAGGACUGACGAAUAUUCGGUCAAUCAGAAACGCCGAGAAGAAAGUGAAAGGCCUUUAUGCCGAAGUUUAAAUCGGAAGUACGGGGGUGUCGAAAUCGCGUAUAAUUGGCAGGCGUCGUUCGUUGGGAAUUACAUAGCAUUACGAAUCGCGACGUGCUAGCCGAUUAAUUCCGUAAGCCGUCAUCGAGCUAGAAGCGGAUACUUGCCUUUAUUGUCAGCCGCGACACGUUGCGACUGCUGAAUCGCCGGCGAUAAGUCGCUUACCCUCGUGAUAUCACUUAUUCCGUAACGAUACGAAAGACUGAAUUGUGCCGAAAAUGAAGGAUCUCAUGUUAAUCUGGAAUACUUUGUCGCGUUGUGGGAAUUGUUCGUCGGACGAUGCCAAUUUUGAUUCCGACAGAUCGGACGAGCAGGAUGAGAAGAGAGGAUCGUCGCGAGUUUCGAGCAACAUUCGAAGAAAGUCCUCGGUGAUGGUGAAUAGAUUAUUUAACACUACUCUACCAGUGUAUUCUGAUCGCAGAAGAAGGUGGCCAAAACAUACCUUCAUGCUGAUAAUUCUGAGUUUGCUCAGCAUCGCAUCCGGUUGCAUUAUACUACUAUUCCAUCCCUACGAGUUACUCUUCAAUUGGAAAAUAACAUUCGGCGAGGGAGGUGAGAUUUUUGAGAAGUGGCGAAAACCCGAGGUCGACCUCUACUUGAAAGUCUAUCUAUUUAACGUGACAAAUCGCGACGAAUACCUAGAUGGCCGGGAGAGCAAGCUACGAUUCCAACAAGUUGGUCCUUACGUUUACAAAGAACUGUUCGAGCAUACAGAUAUAGUUUUCAAUGAUAAUGGUACGUUAUCGGCAAAACCAAUGCAUCCACUGAAUUACAUCCCGGAAAUGAGCCACGGUACGGAAGAGGAUCUCGUAAUAAUGCCGAAUAUCGCGUUGUUCAGCAUUACGAACGUGAUGAAAGACGCCUCGUACAUAUCCAGAUGGGGGCUCAACACGUUGAUUCGUCGAACGGACACCCAUCCUCUGGUUGAAAUGACUGCGCGCGAGUUCAUGUUCGGCUACCAAUCGACUCUCGUUACUCUCGGCAAUCAAGUGAUGCCCAACUGGAUCAAAUUCGAUAAGCUGGGAUUAAUCGAUAGAAUGUACGAUUUUAACGGUGAUUUCGAGACCAUUUAUACGGGAGAGAUCGAUCAUCGAAUGUCGGGCUUGAUUGAUACGUACAACGGAGACGUAAACCUACCGCAAUGGACCGGAAAAUGCGCGAAUGUGCAUGGUGCGAGCGACGGCGUCAAGUUUCCAAGCUACAUUGAACCGAACGAUACGCUCCUCUUCUUUCGCAAGAGCCUGUGCCGGAGCGAACGAAUGAUGCGAAUCGGAGAGAAGCAAAUAAAGGGUCUGCAUACGUAUCAAUAUGCGUUCGUGGAGAAUGAAUUGGACAACGGAGCAGUGAAUCCAGAAAACAAAUGCUUCUGUCGUAAAGGACGCUGUUUGAAACCCGGUUUAAUCGACGUGACCGAUUGUUACUACGGAUUUCCUAUCGCCCUGUCAUAUCCACAUUUCUAUAAAAGCGACCCGUCAUUAUUAGAAGCUAUCGAAGGAUUGGAACCUACAAAGGACCUACAUGAAUCCUACUUCUUCAUUCAGCCAAAAUCCGGGUUACCCGUGGACCUGGCAUUCCGAUUUCAAAUCAACAUGGCCCUGCAAGAUAUCGGACACAUGGCUAGGGUGGAGAAAUUCAGUCAUAUGACGCUUCCACUACUAUGGUUUGAAAUCGGAAUGUACGAACUACCGACCGCGAUGCAACUACGUUUCUGGUUUUAUAUAAAUUUCAUGCCGAUUUUGGAGGAAAUGGUUUUAUAUCUGGCGUUCUUAUUCGGCAUGAUACUACUUGUUUGGUGCAUAAUAAGGAUACUAUCUUAUCAAGCAAACGAAUCGCCGGAAGAGGGAUUGGAAAUGGAAAAAGAAAUGAGACGAAAACGGGCCCAGAAAGAUGAGCGUAUCAAUGAAAAGGCUAAAGAGAUGGACGUGUACAGUUCGCUCUUGUUGCUUGGUGAUGCAAAUCUAACAAUAACAGUGUAAUAAUUCAGUGAUCUAGCCGUAACGCGUGAGCGAGCAAAAUAUUAUAUCUUCAAUAGCCCUUCGGCUAUAUGCAUAUAAAAAUUUUUUACUAGUUGGAAAAACGUGCGCGUAAUCAUUCAUAAAAAUGUUCAAUCAAUAAAAAUUUUGUGAAUGAUUCCAAUAAAAAGAAAUCAGGACGUUAUGAUUCUUUCUCUUCGAAAGAGAACGCAAAUAUAAUCUAGAUAUAGAGAACAUCCUACAUGAAAAUUAGCGUAAUAAACUCCUAAAAACACCUGAUGUAGUUCAUUGCUUAAUGACAAAACUGCAUUUUCCAUUUGCGUUCAACUACGCAUAUUUGCAUUAACAUAAAAUUUUAUAUAACAAAAUAAUAUAACAAAGUAUUAUUUUGCUAUACAUAUUAUGCAUAGUAUAUAUUAUAUAUACUGCCACAUACACAUGCGUAUUAUACGUACUAGUAUAUGCUACAUACCCAAGUACACGAUCAACGGAUAUUAUCAGGGUAUUCAAAAUCAUAAAAUUCAUUCGAUUUAAUUAAACACGAUUAAAUCAUGAAUUAAUUCAUGAACAUUUUUAAUUUUCGACUUUUGAUAUUCUAAAAAAUAAUAAUCGCAAACUUUCCAACUAUUUUCUGGUACUUCAUAUCUUAAUAACAAUGUUAUAUAUCUAUCUAAUAAUAAACAAGUUAUUUUCUUGAUAAUUAUUCGCUAUAACGAGAUUUCCCAUAUGUUAGAUAAUUGCAAGCUGCUUGUAUUAUAUUGAAAUGUUUUAUCUGUUACAGAGAUCACUUAAACAAUCAAUUUUCUCAAGCUUUUAAAAAAAAAUAUGCGCUUCAUUGAAUUUUUUAAUAAAGAAAUAAAUCGGGAUGAUUUGGCUUGUAAGAUAUUUCACUUAUUUAAUGUGCUAAUAUGUGUCAUAUAAAUCAAUAAUUAAAAAAUAUAAUUUAAAAAGUGUAACUCUCCGGAGAGCAAUGAGAUCAGGUUAACUAUCGCGUUGGAAAUAUCGUGUGCAAAAAAUAAUUACGUUCGACAAAAAAAAAAAAAAAAGUUAUUUACGCGCACAUUAAUUACAAUAAAAAUUUAUAAUAUUAUGAAAUAAAAAGAAAGAAAUAUGGCAUAUAUUAUACUAUAUGUUACUGUACGUUACAUCGCAAUUACUUUAUAAUUAUUGUGUGUUGAUUUAUAUUAUUGCAAAAACAUUUAUACUUAUCUAUUAUGUAUUUUUAUUUUAUGUUGUGUAUAACUUAAACUAAUUUUUAGAUAAAAUGAAACAAUUACUAAAGAAUUAAUUUGAAACUAUUGUAAUUCUUUACAUUAUUUUUUUUAAGGAAAUUUCUAUUAUUCUCCAAGGGCUACAACGUGAAUUUAUCUCUUAUAUUCAUAUUAAAUGUCAAUGGUGAUUUCUUAUUACUAAACUUCAAUUGCUAUGCAUAACAUGCCAGCAAUCAUAUCUGUGAUAGUUUCAUUUUGCUUUUUUAUGUUUCAUUUUCGAACAGUAUUCUUUUAAAUACAUAAAAAUGAUGUAGAGAAAUAAGCUAUGUCAAUAUAAGAAUAUACUGAUGCAUUUUUAUUGCCAAUUUCAU